CCCACACUAAGCUCUCACUCACACAGGUGAGCUGCUAGAUGCUCUCCCCAGUGCUCAACAGGUUAUGGGCCCCAAGAGCUAUGUCUGCGCCUGAGUGGCCGCAACAUUCAUUAUCAAAAUUUGGCAUUUUGAGUGGGAUUUUUGAGUCUAUUACAUCAAAAAAUAGCUCUACAGUUGUUCACGGGUUUUGGGAUUGAGCAAGAUAAGAAUAUCAUCCCAAAGAAAGCUAAUUUUGUGUAAAGGACCGGAAUCUUGUCAAAUACAGCAUGGAUACAGA